AUCAGUGAUAUAUUGACCUGAUCAACUGAGAAAAAUAUGAACAUCAUACAAAAAUAUUGUUUAGAUUGAAUGCACUAUAGUAGUACAUAUUGCAUCUCUGUGUGCUUGUCAUGAAAAAUUUGAGCAAGCUAUUCAAAACUGAUAAACAACAGUGUCAACAUCUAAAAAUGUCUAAAAAUGCCUCAAAAGGCAACACAUACAUUCAUUAUCAUGAGUCUGAUAGGCUUAUAUUUAUGGGUGUGUCAGAAUGACAGGUGUGUUUGAGGUGCCCGGAUGUUGCACUUUGGAAAUAUGGCAGAAAUGGAGAGGAUCAAAGUUUUGCGACGACAUUUGUUGCAAAACAAAGAUAACAAGAGCUGGAAAAGUCUGACCGAGGGUCCAGUUUCAGCUGCUUACCCAGAUGUGAACUAUGAUUACACCACAAAUACCAAUGUUCUCACCCCAGAGCAGCGCAAAUCUUAUGAAGAAAAUGGUUUCCUUGUCAUCAGAAAUCUUGUUCCCAAGGAUAAAUUGGAACGUUACAGGCAUCGAUUUGAGAAAUUAUGCUCCAGAGAGGUACAAACCCCGGGACUUCUGAUCAUGCGUGAUGUUGCGAUCGCAAAAUCAGAGUUUGUGCCAGGGGAGAAAGCAGUGACCAAGAUUCAAGAUUUCACCCAUGACCCUGUCUUAUUUGAGUAUUGUUGUCUGCCUGAGGUUGUGAAAUAUGUGGAGUGUUUCACUGGCCCAGAUAUCAAAGCAAUGCACACAAUGCUGAUCAACAAACCGCCAGAUCCGGGUUCGAAAACAUCACGUCACCCGAUGCAUCAGGACCUGCAUUACUUCCCAUUCCGACCUGCUAACAGGAUUGUGUGCUCUUGGACCGCCAUGGAACAUGUCCAUAGACAAAAUGGCUGCCUGGUUGUACUUCCUGGGUCACACAAAGGUCACCUGCUACAGCAUGUUUAUCCUGAAUGGGAGGGUGGCGUGAACAAAAUGUAUCAUGGUAUACAAGACUAUGAUCCCAGCCAUCCCAGAGUGCACUUGGAGAUGCAGGCGGGUGAUACCGUUUUCUUCCACCCAUUGUUGAUCCAUGGAUCAGGAAUGAAUAGAACUAAAGGAUUCCGUAAGGCCAUAUCUUGUCACUACGCUAGCAGCACUGCUUGUAACUACAUUGACAUAGCAGGUACUACGCAGGAAGUUAUUGCCAACGAGGUGCUAGAUUUAAUCAAGAAAAGAAUGGGCCCUGAUGCUGAAAUAGGUUUCCAGGACACAUGGAAACUAAGAAGUAGAUGCAUCAAAGGAACAGAAGACACUAAUCUCUAAUCCAGGAUACAUUUCAAUGCAAGAUGAAUUGUUUCAAAUUUUUUAAAUCUAAUAUGUUCCAAUAAAAGAUGACACAUUUUAAAUGACUAAAUUAUAUCUAAGAUGGCAUGUUAAGGCAGGACUUCUAAGGAACAUGCUUCAGUCUAAAAUGACACUUCUUAAAUGACAGACUUAAUCCUAGAUGAUGUGUUUCUAUCUAAGAUGACACAUUUCAAACUCAGAUUGAAGCCUCUUUUGCCAUAGCAUUGACGAUACAAUUUAUAAAAAAUAUGUGUAUAGAGACAGAAUCAGCAUGAUUUUUCAGGGAACAAAAGCCAAAAAUUGCAGUAUUUAUCAUUAAUCCGUAUGUUACAAUGACUCAAUCUAGAUUCUUCCUCAUUUUAUAUGUAAAUGAGAAAAAUAGCCUUUCUGUUAAAGUGUAUUUAUCUUGCUUUACAUGUCUUGUGAUAAGAUGAAUUGGACAUUAAAUUAAUAUAUUUCCGUACUUAACCAACAUAAUUCUGAAAUCCAGUGCCAUGAAGAACUAUGGGUUGAAAGUCCCUGAAGAUUCUUAAGGAGUCAAUAAUGCAUAGGGCUGAGAAUAUCCCAGAAGACAUAUGCAACUUCUACAUUGAGUUUAAAUCUCAGAGAUCAUUGGUCUAUUUUUUGUACAAAAAAUUACUGAUUACAUUUUCUUUUGAAUUCCAUUGUCAACAAUGUUCUGAAUUUAGAAAAAGCUCUCACACUUCUUGAAUUUCCAAGAAAAUCUUAUUAAACAUGAUGCAAGUAACAUGUAUUACCAUCAUAUUCAGCAUAUUUGGAGUAUACUGAAUGCAUCAUGGGAAAAAGUUUACAUGGGAGAUAAUGGGGUCUUCUGGGAUAUCCACUACUCAUUUAGUGAGAAACUUCAUGAAUUUUGUACAUAUGAUUUUAUAUUUAAUGUUUUACAAUAAAAAUAAGACAAAUAAAUGAUUUAUUAGAAUAA